AUGAUCACGCCAGAUCCCUUUGUGUCCAGUCUGGUCGUUUUUUAGACAAUUCUACACAUAAGCAGUUAAUCAGUACCAUAAACCGAAAUGGACGAAAGAAACAGCGAGGUUGCUAUGGACGGUCCCCAAGCUGUACACCCAGGAGACGAAACAAGCAUCAGCAUAAAAAUAGACAUGGGAAGAGAGCAGAACAACGAAGGGGUCAUUCCAAACGAAGAAACGUGCGGAGUAGAAUCUGAGCAUCCUCCCUCACAGGGCCAUACAGAGCAAGUGGACAAGCUUACGGUGAAACGUAUUUUGGACAAACCGGACAAACGCUUUGUGUGUACGGAAUGUGACUAUAGGGCACUCUCAAAUGCUCAACUGUCAAUACACAAAAGAAAACAUACUGGUGAGAAACCCUAUACAUGUGACCAGUGUGACUAUGCUGCUGCAAAGAAAGGAAAUUUAAAGAGACACAUGGCUAAACACACCGGAGACAAGCCUCUCUUGUGUGGAGAGUGUGGGUACAGGACGACUGACAUGGCUUUCUUAACCAUACACAUGAGAAAACACACUGGCGUGAAACCUUACAAGUGUGAUCAGUGCGACUAUUCUUCUGCACAGAAAGGCAACUUAGACCAACACGUGGUUAGACACAACGGAGAAAAACCCUACAUGUGUGGGGAGUGUGGGUUCAGGACGGCUUUCAAGUCUUCCUUAGCCACACACAUGAAAAGACAUACAGGUGUGAAACCUUAUAAAUGUGACCAGUGCGACUAUUCAGCUGCAGAGAAAUCCACGUUAGGCCAACACAUGACUAGACACACCGGCGAAAAGCCAUACAUGUGUGGGGAAUGCGGAUACAGGACGGUUACCAGGUAUUCCUUAACCGUGCACAUGAGAACACAUACUGGUGUGAAACCUUAUAAGUGCGACCAGUGUGACUAUUCUGCUGCAAAGAAAGGCCAUUUAGAUUCACACAUGGCUAAACACAACAACGAAAAACGCUUCAUCUGUGGGGAGUGCGGAUACAGAACUGCUCACAGGUCAAACCUAUCACGACAUAUGAUCAAACAUACCGGCGAGAAACCUACCAAUGUGACCAAUUACAACAACUCUAGCGGAACCAUUCCAUACGAGGAAACGUGCGGAGUAGAAUCUGACCACCAUCCCCACACACAUGCCUAUACAGAGCAAGGGGACACUCUCCCGGUGAAACGUACUGUGGACAAACGCUUUGUGUGUACGGAAUGUGACUACAGGGCACUGUCAAAUGCUCAGCUGUCAAUUCACAAAAGAAAACAUUCUGGUGAGAAACCCUUUAAAUGUGACCAGUGCGACUGUUCUACUGCACGGAAGGGAGACCUAGACCGACAUAUGGCUAAACACACCGGCGAAAAACGGUUCAUCUGUGGAAUGUGUGGAUAUAGGUCGGCUCGCAGGUCUUCGUUAAAAUUACAUAUGGGUAAACAUACAGGUGUGAAACCCUAUAAAUGUGACCAUUGCGACUAUUCCUCUUCAUAUAAAUCUGAUUUGGAUCGACACAUAACUAAACACACCGGCGAGAAACCCUUCCUGUGUGGAGACUGCGGCUACAGGACGGCUGACAGGUCUGACUUAACAGUACAUAUUAGGAUACACACGGGCGAGAAACCGUAUAAAUGUGACCAGUGCGACUAUUCCACUGCACAGAAAGGAAACUUAGACCGACACAUGGCUAAACACACCGGCGAAAAACGCUACAUCUGCGGAGAGUGUGGAUAUAGGUCGGCUGACAGGUCUGCGUUAAAAUCACAUAUGGUUAAACAUACAGGUGUGAAACCCUAUACAUGUGACCAUUGUGACUAUUCUGCUGCACGGAAAUUUCAUUUGGAUCGACACAUGGCUAAACACACCGGCGAAAAGCCCUUCAUGUGUGGAAAGUGCGGAUACAGAACGGCUGACAUGUCUUACUUAACCGUACAUAUGAGAACACAUACAGGCGAGAAACCCUAUAAAUGUGACCAAUGCGACUAUUCUGCUACAAGGAAAGAUUACUUAGAGAAGCACUUGAUCAAACACACAUCUUAGGGAUAUAGUUGACGGUUGCGAAUACAGAACGGUUGACAUAACUGACCUAUGCGGACACAUGCAAAAAUUACAGGUGAAGAUUCAAAACAAAAAUGUAAUCAGUGCGACCAUUUCUGCUUCUUGGAAAAGUAAGGGAGAUGGGACAUCAGUAGACAUUGCGACUAGUUGUGGACAUCGACAAGGAGUAACAAUUUCUCGCUUUGACACAAUAUUUGCAUUGACCAGUAAUUUAGACCUACACAUGGUCGAAAUAACCACUUGGCAGAUGCCCGUUGUUGUUGUUUGAUCCUUUAGAAGUUUUCAUGAAAACAUAUUUCAUGUCCAAUGUAAUCAUUUUCAUAUCUUAUCAAGAUCAGCCCAUAAAAUAACUAUUUGAUACAGUU